CUGAUCAGUGCUCUGGUAAAAGAAAAUUAUAAUAAAUAAAUAAAUUAAUUAAUAAAAUUAUUUAAUUAUUCAUGAGAAAGAUAGGAGGAGAGAGAGAAAGAACUAGACAUCACUCUGGCACAUGUGCUGCCGGGGCUCGAACUCAGGACCUCAUGGUUGAGAAUCCAAUGCUUUGUCCACUGCGCCACCUCCUGGACCACUUCUUCUUUUUCUUCUCAUUUCUUCUUCUCCUUCCUCCUCUUCCUCCUCUUCUUCUUUUUUCUUUUUUAAGAUUUAUGUCUUUAUUAGGAAGGUAGGAGGAGAGAGAGAGAACUAGACAUCACUCUGGUACAUGUGCUGCUGGGGAUCAAAAUUCAGGACCUUAUGCUGGAGAGUCUAGUGCUUUAUCCACAGUGCUACCUCCAGACCGCUUUUUUUUUUUUUCUUUUUAACUCCAGGGUUAUUGAAGAAGCUCUGUGCCUGCACUAUAAAUCCACCGCUCCUGGUGGCCUUAUUUUUUUUUUCUUCUUCUUCUCAUUUUACUCAAUAGGACAGAGAGAAAUUGAGAGAGGAAGGGAGAAGAGUUUCUUUUCUCUCUCUCUCUUUUUUAAAGAUUUUAUUUAUUGAUUCAUGGAAAAUGAUAGAGAGAGAGAACCAGACAUCACUCUGGUACAUGUGCUGCUGGGGAUUGAACAUAGGACCUCAUGCUUGAGAGUCCAAUGAUUAUCCACUGCACCACCUCCCAGACCCUGGGAAAAGGGUUUCUUAAAUGCUCAGACACCAGCCCUCUGCCCAUUUGCCUCCUUUCCUGCUGCCAGGCCCUGCUCAGCCUCUCCAAGCCUGGGGCCUAGGCCCAGUAGCUGGGCUGAGGGACCCUGCAUGUGUGUGGGUUUGGCUCCGCCUUUGGGGGAGGAGGGGGGAACCCAGCACACAGGCGUGUCCAGUCAGCCCAGUGUCCACCCCACACAGGUCCAGAAAAAGCUGGGUGUUCUGGGUCAAAGGUCAAGGGGAGGAGCCCUGGGGGGGUCGCAGGGCUCUGCCUCUGUCCCCCAGGGGCGCCCCGUGCUGGGGGGACCCUGCCGCAGAAGCCGAGGUGGCGCCGGCAGCUGGAGGAGGCCAUGGCCGCUGGAACCAUAUGUUUGCUGCUGCUGACUCUCUGGGUGCCCAUGGCGCCAGACACACAGGGCACAGAUGACUCCUCCUUUAUCUCAGUGCCUUGUGGCCUGACCACUGCAAGGAAUCGCAUCAAGGGUGGGAAAAUUGCUGCCCAGGGGACCUGGCCCUGGAUGGGCAGCCUGCAGAAAGGCGAUGUGCACGUGUGUGGGGUCACCCUGCUCAGCCAGAGCUGGGCGCUCACCGCCUCGCACUGCUUCCACCACGAGUUCACGAACCCCUCCCUCUGGAAGGUGCAGUUUGGUGACACGUUGGCAGUGCUGCCCUCCUGGGCCUGGGGGAGGCAGCUGAACCGCUACCGCCUGCAAAGCAUCAUCAGCUACCCGCUGCAGCAUGAGGCCACCAUCACCGACAUCGUGCUGCUGCGCCUGUCCAGCAACGUGCGCUUCUCCCGGUACAUCUACCCCGUCUGCGUCAAGAACACGUCGGCCGAGUUCAUCAACCGCGAGGACUGCUGGAUCACCGGCUGGGGGAUGACGGAAAGUGGGAUGGUGCCGAAUCAGGGGCCACUGGUCCAGGCGCAAGUCUCAGUGCUAAACGAGAGCAGGUGCGAGUACCUAUGGCACAAACCCACCUACCGGGACCUGCAAAGCCAGUUCUGCGCCGGCACGGAGGACGGCAGCAGAGACAGCUGCUGGGGCGACUCGGGCGGCCCGCUGGUCUGUGAAGACCAAGGGCACUGGGUGCAGGUGGGCGUCGUGAGCCGCGGAGAGGGCUGUGCCGUCCCCAAUCGGCCCGGCAUCUACGUGAACGUCAGCGACUAUUUCUACUGGAUCAAACAGGUGCUGGACGGUGGCCCCGGGCCCACUGCCCCGGGCCCGGCCCUGCUGCUGCCCCUGCUCUGCGCCGUGGCCAGCCUGCCCCUGCCCCUGUGGCCCUGAGCCCAGGCGGGACCUCCGUCUAAUAAACAAGGCUGCUGUGUGCUGGCUGACUCCCUUGGAGCCGAGUGUCUGGGCCCGCCCCCUUCCCCCCUUCCUGCCCGGCACCCCAAACCCUUCCUCAGCACCCAACACCCAUCUCUGCCCUCCACAUCAGCCCCAGCCCUGACCCCCUCUGUUGUUGUGGCCAGGUGUCGGUCCCCCGAGGCCCAGCCCAGGCUGCCAGGGCGUAGAGGCCUGGGCAGGGAGGGCAAGGGGCUCCUGGAAGGGCACAGGCCUGGCUCGUGGGGUCUGGGAAGCCGGAGGGGGGUCCCCGGGGGCAGCCCCCCAGGUCAGGCCAGUGCCCAUCACACACUACCAGGUGCGCCAGGUCUGUGGGCUCCUCACAAAGCCCCUGACUCAGGCUGGGGUGUGGGUUGGUUGCCCCUUAGGUGACACAGGAAGCUGCCUUGGGGAGUGGGGAAACUGAGGCUGGAAGGGAAGGAAACAGAGAGGAGGUUCCUAUGGGGCUCUGAGCACCGGAGCCAGUCUGGCCUGAGCAGGAAGACAGGGAGCUGGGCUUGGAGGAGGGCCUAGCUUGCGCGUUCAGUGACUCCAGCUUCCAGGAGGAAGCCAGGACUGUGAGGCUGCCUCCUGGGUCACUAUUGUGGGGACCCAGGCACCUGGCGGCCCCCAGCUGUAAAUGGGCCCUCAGAGAAUGACCCAAGGAGGUAGACCAUCCAUCUGCCCACAGACCUGAAGAGAUGUCCCUCAGGGGGACAGAGAGGGAGCCAGCCCCAGCUCCAGGCACAGGCCUGCUGGCCCAGGGCCUUAGCUGCAGAAGGCCCUAUUGUUCAGGUCUGGGAGGGAGGUCUGAGUUGUCUGCCCUUUGAGGGAUUUUGGCUUCCUCAGAGCUCCCUAAUCCCCCUCUGGGAGCCCUGAUCCCUGGGCACAAAGAGCCUGUGUUGUGUUUCCAGAUCUUAAGCCCAGGACCCACUUGGAACCAGGUCAGGGCAUCCUGCGUGUGCUGUGGGGAGCUGGGCGGUGUGUGCCUCAGAGUGUGUGAGCUGCGUGUUCUGCACCUUGGGACCACUGGCCUGCAACAUCCUUAGUCCUCUCUCCUGACCUUUGACAUGCCAACCUCCUGAUAUUGGCCCCUCCAACCUGGCCCCUCUGUCCCAGCUUCUGUGUCCAGCCCCCUCGGUCUCAUCUGCUCUGUCCCUCUGUCCAGGCCCCUCUCUCCUUCUCUCCUGGCCCCUCUGUCCCAGUCAGCAACAUGUCUUUUUUCUGCUGUGGCCCAGCACUGCUUCCUGGAGUCCUGGCCCAGACAGACCCUCCCUCUGGGCAUCUCUCCGUGUCCCCCCCACACCCCCCAGGGCUGGAAAGACGCCUGAGUUGGCCUGGAUUGGCAGCACUACCUGCACAGGUUCCCAGAGCAAGACAGGCGGGACACAGUCCCUUUUGUGUGCUGGGACUCCUCCCACCUCUUCCUCCUUGGCCUCCUGCAGCGGGUGGGGGCACUGCCCACAUUCACAGGGUAGGGAGCUGGCCUCCCCUACAACAGCAGUCUGGAAGCAUCUGGUCUUUCAGCACUCCCUGGGGAGACCGGUGCCCUGCCGCCUUCCCCAGGACUGCUGAUGGUGGGGUGAAGGGCCAUGGGGCACACAGCUCAGGCCUCCUGGGUGGCAGGGGGAGGGGGCGUCACCGGACAGCCCAGUGCUGCCCUGUGGCCCAGCCAGCGGGGCGGGGGUGGGGGACACAGUUCCCUUUUGGAAAUGUAUCUACUGAGAGCCGGGAGAUCACUCACCUGGUUGGUUCUGUUCAUUCACUGCUGCGACUGUGAUUCAGGUUCAAGCCUGAGCAACAGAGGAAGCUCUGGUGUUAGAGUGUUCUCGUUUUCUCUGUCUCCCUCCUCAUCUCUCUUGCUAUUGAAAGUAAAAAGAAUGAAGACAUGGGCCUGGGAGCAUUGAAAUCAUCAUGUAAGGCCCAAAAUAGUUAAAAUAGUUUAUAUUUAUUUAUUUAUAUUUAUUUUAUUUAUUUAUUUUUGCCUCCAGGGUUAUUGCUGGGGCUUGAUGCCUGCAUUACGAAUCCACUACACCUGGAGACCUUGUUGUUGUUUUUUUAAAUUUUUUAUAUUUAUUUUCCCUUUUGUUGACCUUGUUUUUCAUUGUUGUGGUAGUUAUUAUUGUUAUUGAUGUUGUCAUUGUAUAGGCCAGAGAGAAAUGGAGAGAGGAGGGGAAGACAGAGAGGGGGAGAGAAAGAUAGACACCAGCAGACCUGCUUCACUGCCUAUGAAGCGACUCCCCUGCAGGUGGGGAGCCAGGGCCUCGAACCAGGAUCCUUAUGCUGGUCCUUGUGCUUUGCGCCACGUGCACUUAACCCGCUGCACUACCACCCGACUCCCCUGCCCUUGUUAUUUAUUGUUGUUAUUGCUGUCAUUG